CCCGCCUAACGUGGUCUGUUUCUACCCAUACAAAUCUCUGUCUAGAACCACCACUUCUCCAUUAGGCCACACACAGUAACCGCCUUCUCCUCCUCCUCUCUUCGAUCGUACGGAUUAUUAAUACUUACAAUAAUCCCCAUAUAUCGACACAUAUCUCUCCCCUCACCCACAUGUAGAGAGAGAGAGAGAGAGAGAGAGAGAGAGAGAGAGAGAGCUGUAAACUGCUCUUGUUGUGGAGAGAUAAAAAUGGGAGGGGAGAGUACUUCAAUGGGUGCGCUGGUGCCUAUAGUGAAGUCCGAACCGGAAAAUUCUUCCGGCGAAGCUCCUCCAGCUCAGCCUAUGCCUUCGAUACCGAUGGAGGAGAAGGGGCAGGGGGUAGAAGAGCUGGAUAAAGAUGUUUUGUGCCCGAUAUGUAUGCAGAUCAUUAAGGACGCGUUUUUGACGGCGUGUGGGCAUAGUUUCUGCUAUAUGUGCAUUGUUACUCAUCUUCAGAACAAGAGCGAUUGUCCUUGUUGCUCUCACCACCUCACCACCAAUCAUCUUUACCCUAACUUCCUACUCAACAAGUUAUUGAUGAAGACAUCUGCUCGUCAAAUAGCUAAAACUGCCAACCCUCUGGAACAACUUCGCCACACUCUAGAGCAGGUCAGUUUUAUGUAUGUACUGGAACUGUUUCUUAUUUCAAUUUUGCCGUUUUUCUGAUGAAAUUGCCAUAAUAAUUUAUUGCUUGUCACCUUGAAAGUAUGAAAUUUUCAAUUUUUCAUUCUUGAAACUAGUCUCUUACAAUAUUUAGGAUGCUGUGCAUGGUAGAGGUAUAUGUGCAGGAGGCAUGGAUUCUUACCUACUGAUUUAUGGUCUUGAGUACAUAAUUUUCUAGUAAUCCUCAUGUUUGCAAAAGUACAUUGGUUUUAAUGGCUGUUAGCGCUAUUGGAGGCAAUAGUGUAUUAUAGGAGGGUUGGUCUCAACAGCUGACCUUCCUAGUUUAUAGAAUUGUACGUUUUUCACAAAAUGUUAAUUUCAAAAAGGAUCUUCUUGAAAUAUGAUUUUGCCUCCCCCAACCACCAAGUAAGUAAGGAAAUAUAAUACAGCCCCAUUAGAUAUUUAUGAAACCUGUGCUGCCACCCAAGCUGUGAGUUAUGGAUCCACUACUAGUUGGAAGGUGAUAGGCUAUUCGUAAGAAAUGUGGGAUUAUUUUGCAAUUAAAUACUUUUUAUUGCUAGGUGAAGGGAUAGUUUUUGGUAUUCAAGUCAA